AUGAGCCGAAAUGCAUGCAGAAUUUACAUGUGGAACUGGUGGAGGAUUCACUGGAUAGAUUUAUUUUUCUGUUUUGCCGAAGUGUCAGCUUAAUCAGAUGAGUUUACUUGCUGUAUUGGAUGAAAACUGUUUGUAGUUGAGUUGAGAGGCAUAGUAGUUAUGAGCACUUUUUGUAGGAAUUGUUGAUGAGUAAAAUAGUAGGUCUAUAUUGUGUUAAUAUACCUGUAAUGUAAUUAGUACCUGUUACAGUGGGAAAACUCUUGUUAAUAUUGGGAUGUAUCCGUUGACACUAGUAGAUGAAUGAAUACAUUGACAUAAUGUGGUGUAAAAUGCGGGUUGGUACAUUAGAUUUUUCUAACAGUUAUGCUGUUUUAGAGAAAUUUUUUUUAGGAUAAUUAGAGAGGGGAUUUAAGAGGAAGAAAAGAGAAGUUUUUUUCCCCUGAAUCAAAUUUUCAUUUAUCUACUUCUUGAUAUUUAUUUGCAAAACAUUAGCAUAUUGCUUUGACCAUUGACAAGCUGAUGAGUAGGGGAAGAGUGAUAGUGAAUGCUUGUUAAUUAUGUAAAAGAGCGGCUGAGACCUUUUUGUACGUAUCUUUUUGUGCAUAUCUUUUGUAAAAGAGUGAUAGUGAAUGGCAUUUAUAUAUGCCAUUGACAAGCUGAUGAGUUGUAAAUAUCUUUUGUACAUAGAUUGUAUCCCCUUGGUGCUAUUGCAUUAAUAUAUUGCUUAUACUUUUUUAUCUCAAAAAAAAUUAGCAUAUUGGUUUGAUAUUUAAGGUGGAUUAAUCAUUAAUUGGUGGCAUUCUAGGUGAUUGGUCUCUAACUGCCUGAUAGUGGAGUUCCUUUUUAAUUAGCCAUCCAUUUUAUUGUUUUAGCAUUAAAUCGUGUGCUUUAUGUAGACUAAAAUAAAGUUAUACACUACCAAACUUUGUCAGUUUAUCAAUAUACGAACUUUGAAAUUACUUUCUAUUUAUUGUAGUUGGUUUCAGUUUUAAGCUUCUUUUGCAAAUCAUCUUAUACUUAUUUCGUCUGAUUGAAGCAGAUAAUGGCUUCAAAACAGCCAAAUACCGGGCUCUUUGUGGGAUUAAACAAAGGCCACAUUGUAACCAAGAAGGAAUUGGCUCCUCGACCCUCUCUUAGAAAAGGAAAAACCAGCAAAAGGGUUCACUUUGUGAGGAGUUUGAUCCGUGAAGUUGCUGGUUUUGCACCAUAUGAGAAGAGAAUCACUGAGCUACUGAAAGUUGGUAAGGACAAGCGAGCAUUGAAAGUAGCCAAAAGAAAGCUUGGCACUCACAAGAGGGCAAAGAAGAAGCGUGAGGAGAUGUCCAAUGUGCUCCGCAAGAGCAGGGCUGCAGGAGGUGGAGAGAAGAAGAAGUGAAGCAUGUUUUGCUAGUUUGUUUUGGUCUCACACCUAGAAGCAAGGGUUUUACUUUGGUAAUCACAUUUUGUAGGUGCUACAUUAUCAUAUUUAGAGAAGAAACUUUAUGUGUGGGGAUUUGUUGUUUUCCAUUUCAUAGAGAAUUAAAACAACUUAUAAAAUCUUUGAACUUAAAUGAAGAAUCUAUUGCUAUUUGGAAA